CGAGACACAAGAUGCAUGGGUUUGCGUGAGCAUGAACGUGUGACGGCCAGGCGAAGAGACAUGCAACAUCCCAUGGCUGUCCACACAGACACACGCACUCACACACACUCACACACAGACAGACAGACAGACAGACACCGCACACAAAGCUCAACCACGACACACAAAGACACGAGACACGACGCAUUGCCAAGAGUCCUUACUCUUGUUCUCAUCACACGCACGUGAACACAAAAUACAUAAACGUAGCCAGGAUGGCUGAUGGCAAAAAAGCCCCUUCCACAAAAUCCAACAGCAAUGAUUGACACAGACAGCAGACAGACAGACAGCAAAAAGGCUAUGAUUGACUAAUUGUGUACGACAUUAAUUGGAUGACACGUUGGGAAACCGAGACACGCCGUGUGUGGACACCUUCAUCCACGCAUCAACUCGAGCGACAGGAAGCGCGGCACACCUGGCGUCUAGCUGCCUCCGUAUUCAUCUUCUUCUCUCAGAGUAGUACUGUAGACGGACACGAGGCCAGCCCCCGUGGCCUGUGUGUGGGCCAUAUGCUCCAGCAGGACCUCCUCCCUCCUGUCGUUUGGCCGGCGCACCGCGUCGAAUGCCUCCCUGCGUAAGCGGUCUUCAUCGUAGUCGUCGUCAGAUCCGGUGGCGAUGGUGACAAGGGUCUCCAGCUCCUCGAAUGCUGCUGAGCCGUUGACAAAUCCAUAGCCUGGAGGGACACAGGAAGGAAGACAGACAGAGAGAGACAGAGAGAGACACAGACGUCUGUCUGUCUGUCUGUGUCCGGCCCACCCGUCUUGAAGUCGAAUUUCUCAUCAAAAUGGGCGGUCGACUCAUCUGUAGUUCAGGCAGGCAGUACGCAGCACGACACACGCAAUUAAGACAACGCAGAUGCCCCCUUCCAGUUCGUUAUCGCGCGCGGCUGCGUACUGUACCAUCCAUAUCCUGUGCCUGCAAACAACACACACGCAGAUAUACCCACCCAAGCCCACUGCACCAGCCGUUUAAGCUCACCGUGUCCGCCAGCAGCUUCUUUAUCUGAUCCGGCGUGAGGUCUUUAUUGUAGUCCUUGAUGAGGGCCGCCAAGGCCGCCACGUGGGGCGCCGAAGCCGACGUGCCAAAGAAGUUGGGGAGUCCUGAUCAGGCCCAGCAGCGGCCGCAGCAUCCCAUGCACGGUCGUGUGUCCUCCUCUCUAUUCGACCGUGUACUGCCUCACUGCCUCACUCACCGUCGCCUUCUCUGUCUCUUUCUGGGGUCAUGUACUCGCGAGGCGGAAACAGGUUGGUGUUGGCACCAUCUGCAGACAUGCAUAAUGUACAUACAACAUACACAGAACAAGACAGACAGACAGACAGACAGACAGGGGCAAUGAAUGCAGUGUGGUGCGGUGCAUUCACCACCUACCUGGUCCGCAGACGUAAGGACUCUCACGUAUCUGAGGGAUUGCCUUCCGCGUACCGUCCGGGUCAAAAAAGAUGGGCGCACCGCCUGCAUCAUUGAGGGACAACAAGCCCUUCAUAGACGUGUAUCUGCAUGUCAUGUGAAAAGGAUGGCGACCACCCCACCCCGCCCAGCCCACCUUGAGAGCUGUACCAGUUGACCUUUGUGACCUCAAACUUGCCGAACGCCGUUGUGUUUUGGUAUUCAGCCGCACACACGCCACACCCACCGUUCGCGUUCGAGUGCCUGCAUUGCAUUGCAUGUGUUGACCGGGCCAGUGGAAUGCACUCUCGUGCUGUCGGUCUGUUGCCCAUUUGCGUGUUGUACCCGUAUUCGGACGGUCCAAAAAUGAAGUCGUUGUCACGGCUGACACCGAAGUAGACGAGCAUUAUGAAGUUGGGAUCCGCCUUCACCGCGUCACCACUGAGAGCAAUGAAUAUGUUGUUUGCACACAGAUUUCAAUGUCUGUGAUGGGCGCGGCGCCGCUGCUCACGGUGUCUUGUGGGCAACUUUGCCGAGGCGGAGAAGGAAGGUCUCGUAUGGCCCUUCAUUCUGACCGAUCAGACAUACCAAGUGCAUUUGUGCACUCCGUAUCUUCCCCUCCCCUCCGCCUGUGUCUUGCCGUGAAUAUGAGACUCUCAAUGGGGUCACCGUUGCCUCCUGACGUGCUGUACUCGAGGAUCUGCGUGCCGUUCCUGUGCCCGUAUACCACACGCCAUAUACAGUGUCACUUACUCUGGAAGCGUCGGCCACUCACUCGUCGUAUAGAAACAUGUCGAUGUCGGCUUCAGCUCCUGUGCCGUUCUCUGACACACAGACAGACAGACAGACAGACAGAAUGCAGCCAUCUGUCUCUCUGUCGGCUACCUGUGAUAGAGAAGUACUACAGACAGAAAGGACAAUAAGCCAAACAACGAGGGCACGACACACACCAGAAUGCAGACACAGCACAGCACAGCAGAGGAGAGGUUUCAUCUGCUCACGUCUUGGUCGUAGUUCAUGACGAUGAUGGCUGUGCUGUUGACGCUGAUGUUGACCGGCAGGUACGUGGCGUCGGUGGCAUUGAAAAUGUGAAACUGGUAGCUGGACUCAACUGUUGACACACAACACAGUGUCUCACACACAUCAUGUCAUGAUGUGGUGUCUGCCUGUGUGUCGUGUUGGGUCGCGUGCCUACAGAUGCCUUUGUAUAUUGUUUCGGGCUCUGGGUCCUUGUUGAAUAUCUCGAAAGUGCCGCUCUCUGCGUUGUUGCCGCAGGCAGAAAAGUAGCUCUUGUUCAUCGCAUGCACCUCGUCAAUGGCCUGAGCGAUUGCCUGCAUUCGCACAUGAAUUCGCACGAUGUGUGUCGUGUUGUGGGUGUGCGGUGAUCGAUCACUCACCCCAUCGGCGAACAUGGGCUCGCUGUAGUAGAUCACAUCGUCCACCACCACUUCGCACUGAUUGGCCAGAGCCAAAAUGCCUGCCAACAAACACACACGCGAGGGCGCCGAAGUGGCCAUCCAGCCGCAAGUGUGUCACCGCGGUCAUAGCAUACCAUUCGCGAAUCCCGCCUGCCCCCCAAAUGCUGUGUGAAAGGCGAACGCUUUCAAGCCAGGGGCCACAUCAUACCUGUGCAGUAAGGAAACAAGCGACAGGGGUGCCGGCUCUCUCUCUGGGUGUGUCUUGAUGGGGGUGCUGUGCUGCACUGUACAUUAGCUCCAUCAUUCCCAUGCCCUCGUCAUUCGCGCCAGAAUCAGCCGGCAGAUCUUCCAGCACCUCGAUCUGCUCCGGCAGGUCGCCCAGCUCUUUCAGCAGGCCCGCGUUAGUGCCAUUGUUCCGGACGUUGUAGGAAUCAGACAGCACCCCGAUACACGCCAGGGUCGACCCGCUGACCCCAUACUUCUCCCGCACAGUAUCGGUCUGCAUCGAGAUGUCGCCUUGAGACGUGGUGUUGCCCACCAGCAUUCGUGUGGUCAUGUCCAUGGGUAGCAGCUCCUGGCUGCUCCGGCUGCUUGGCCCUGGCGGAAUGACGCGCAUCUGUGCGGCACGAAGAACGCGGAUUCCUGGAAUGCUGGACACGUAGGCGAUCUUGUCGAAUGGUAGCCUCGCCGACAUGACCUUUUUGAACUGUUUGAUGCCCGUGAGCCCCAACGACGUAAGCUUCAUGGUAAGGCCGUCGACGCCGCUCCAUCCUAACCGCGACUCGUCGAUGGCCAUGUCGACAACGAUGCCGUCGGUGGACAGUUGCGUUGCCGUGUCGCGGGCAAACCUCCGCAGCUUGCCCUCAUCGCGAAAGACACCCCGCCAGUGCUGGAAAGACCGGCCGAGAGGCAGUCGCAUGUGGUCGCUGCUGAAUGGGUCGUCUCGUGCGAGUGCGGCCGACACGCCCUGUCGGCGUAGGUCGAACAGCCGCUGCUCGAUGUGUAGGAAGUGCAGCUGAUAGAGCAGCGUGUCGAGCUGUACGUUUUCGGGCUUGAAGAGCCGCCGAGCGGUGUCGGGGAUGGACUUGACCAAGUGCGCAUAUGACCUGUCCACAUCACCUGGACCACACCAAGCAAAUCAUCUGCCUCCUUGCGGUCUUGGCAGCCGUCCCUGCUCACUUGGCUCAUCUCGGUCUGUGUCCUUGGCUCUCCCGCCGAUGUUGCGCUCGAUGUACAGAUCUGUCAAGACGUCCUGCGCCUCGCUUUGUGGGAUGAGAAGUGCAGCGAGGGACAGGAGCAGGGAGGCGCAGCCGAGCCACAUCUCACCGGGACGGUCACUCCUCUUGAUGCAGCUCAGGGAAGCGUUGCGGCUGGCGCGCCGUACUGAUCACCAAGCUGGACCUGAGCACAUCUUGCUGGACGUGCUCUCUCC